AGCCGCAAACACUACUACACCUCCUUCACUCCGCACCUGCGCCUCUUCUCUACGUCUAUCCAACCGUAGUCGGCUUCUGAUACCCAUUCUCUUCCCCCCAAAACACAAAGCCCUUUACCACAAACACACUUCUCACAGCAAACAUGGCCGAUUCCCUCACCGAGGAGCAAGUCUCCGAGUUCAAGGAGGCGUUCUCUCUGUUUGACAAGGAUGGCGAUGGUCAAAUCACCACCAAGGAACUUGGAACCGUCAUGCGCUCGCUCGGCCAAAAUCCCAGCGAGUCUGAGCUCCAGGACAUGAUCAACGAGGUCGAUGCCGACAACAACGGCACAAUUGACUUCCCUGAAUUCCUGACCAUGAUGGCCCGCAAGAUGAAGGACACCGACUCUGAGGAGGAGAUCCGGGAAGCUUUCAAGGUCUUCGACCGCGACAACAACGGAUUCAUCUCCGCUGCCGAACUGCGCCACGUCAUGACUUCUAUUGGCGAGAAAUUGACCGAUGACGAGGUCGACGAGAUGAUCCGGGAGGCUGACCAGGACGGUGACGGCCGCAUUGACUACAACGAGUUCGUCCAACUGAUGAUGCAGAAGUAAGCGUCUAGGACAGCGAGGUUGGAACGAAAACAUAUAUCAUGACGGUGACACGGCCGGGGGCUGAUAGCGACGAGUGAAGGGGACGAUUUGGUCCUGUUGGUGUCUCGUUAUACGGAUUCGACUGUAAGCGAGACGAGUAGGCUAACUCGGUUGCCAAUGUCUCCAAGGAGAGCUCAUAUACCUAUCCUCAAUUCAUAUUCUCACGUGAUUUUGU